AUAGAAAUAUUCAAAAUUCAUCAAAAUUCAUCAAAAUUCUUUACCGUUUGUAUUUGGCCAGCAAUUCUGUGGUGUUCCCGAUUUGCUUAAUUCGGUUUGUAGGAAGAACACCUUUUAUAUUUUGAAAUCCUUAACGUUUGUCUUCUGGUUGGUUCCUCUAAAUUUCAAAAAUGCCCAGACGAAGCAACUUACGGCUAUCUACCGGAGAUCUGGCGCGCAUGAAGGUUCAAAUGGAUGACCUAAAAAAACAAAUGAUUGAGCUUAAAGAAAAAGUGUCUUCAGCCACAUAUGAAGUUGAAAUGCUAAAAAAAGGAAAAGACAACCAUUCCGCUGUAGUUAAUAUUGUUGUGGAACCGAAAGAAGUUGAUAACGAGCAAGAGAACUGUGAAGCAAAAAUCGUUAUGGAUCUAGUUCCCUUACCCAGUGUUGAAGAAGGUUUAGCAUUUGUAGAAUAUCAUACUAUUGGUAAAAAGAUAGAUGCCAACUUUAUAUCCUUCGCAUCAUCACUAUUAAGGGAAGAGUACUUUAAAACACGCCAGCCAAUUCCAUUUAGUGAUAUGACUAAGUUGAUCAAAGGUGUUAUUGAUCUCUAUCUAUUUACCUUACAGCCACAACUUGAAAGUAAGCCUUCUACCAAAUUUUACUCUAUAACUACAGAUAGGGAAGCGCUGUUUUCAUUUGGUAAAGACAAUAUUGCUAAUGAGAUGUUUCGUGUUUUAAUCAGAGGAAUUGCAUAUUUAAUCCGUUGCAUCCUGGGAUCAUUUACGAAAUAAGCUGUUAAACAAUUAUUAUUAUUACUUGCAGAGGAUUUCAAAAGAUAAAAAUUGAAUUUUUAAAAGAUUUAGAUAU